AUGUAUUCUCACAACAACAACUCUAGCCAUCCUGAUCCAUUCGCUGGCCAAUAUCCACCUCCACCUCCACUCCAAUCUCCAGUAGUAGAACAUCCACCAACGACUGCAGCUGGCGCUUAUUAUCAAGAACCAUCUUAUCCUGUCUAUUCUACAUCAACUCCACCCAUUUUAUCACAACCACAAGUAGAGACCUAUGUCCCAUUGCCACCCCCACCACCCGUGGUGAAUGACUAUUAUCAACAGCCCUAUAGCCACCGUUUAGAUGAAGAAAGCCAUGUACAGGGCGUGAACGACUACAAUGAUCCUCAUGGACAAUCCCUUGAUGAAUACUUGAGACAGGAAAGAGAAGAAUAUCUGCGACAGAGCCAACAACCCACAUCCUAUCAUAACGAAUUUGCGGCAUCUCCACCGGUACCAGAUGUAACUAAUGUAUCCCCUAGACCAAAUCAAACCAUUCCAUUGAAUUCAUUCGCCAAAGAGGACUAUGAAGAGGCCGAAAAGACACCUAUGGUACAAAAACCCAUUCUAAGCAAGAAGGAACAAAAGAAGCUGGAUAAGAUGCAAAAGAACCAACAGUAUCAACCCUAUCUAGCUAGACCUACACUUGCGCCCGAGAAUGAAGCAGAAACAUACAAAUAUAGACCUACACAAGAAAAGGAUCGUGGUGGCUGCAACUGCUGCUGUUACAAUCCAGCUAUUACAUGCUGCUCCUUCUUUUGCCUGCUGGUUAGUUGUGCUUUUGUUGCAGCCGGUGUUGCCAUGAUGAUUGCUUCCAAGGUGGUGCGGGAUAAAUGCAAUAAUCAAUGUAGUAGCGUAGCUGAGGCAGCACAAAAUGCAUGCGGCACUUUAUGUAACACAGUUCUCCAUGAUGGUUUGCUCUACGGUGGUGCUGUUGUUGCUGGUUUAGCUGGUAUUGCAGUGAUCUGGAAGCUCAUCAUGUGGACCUGUGCUGGAUACUCAAAGCGUUAA